AUGGCAGAGGAGGUUGGAGAUGAGCAUGUGCGUGAAUUGGUUCGGAAUCUGGAGCUGGAGGCUUUAUUGCCCGAAGGCGGCUUCUUCCGACGAACCCACUAUUCAACAAACCAAGUCGAGACACCGGAUGGACGCGGAAGAGCUUUGAGUGCAAUUCUAUAUUUGAUGCUGAGUGACAAUGUAUCGAAGCUACACAGGCUGAAAGUCGACGAGACAUGGCAUUUCUACAAUGGCUCAGCAGUCAACAUUAUCGAGCUGGAUCAUGAAGUUCCAGGGCAUGCGAGAAUGACUCGCCUGGGCUCCGUGGAAUCUGGCUGUUGCCCCCAACACACCGUGAAAGCAGGAACUUGGUUUGGAGCCUUCCCUGAGGGCAAAUUUGCCUUGGUAGGCUGUACUUGUGGUCCCGCUUUUGAGUUUGAGCACUUCGAAAUGGCGAACGGGAAAUCGCUGCUGGAAACCUACCCAGAGGCCGAGAAGUUCAUCCGACAGCUGUCGCAGGUAUGA